CUACAAGUGUGCCAAGUGAGGAAGUUUUUAGUAUUAGUGGUGAUAUGAUUACAGACAAACGAAACAAAUUUGCAGACAAAACUGUAUGGUUAGCAAUGUGUUUAAGACCAUGGUGGCGAGAAUUUAAAUAA